GACAGGCUGAUCGCAGGAGUGAAUGCCUGCGUGAGUGUGUGUGAGUGAGUGAGUGUGUGUGUGUGCAUGUAGAUGCUGCAUGGGCUGCAACCGGAGCUGCUGCUGUUGGUGAAUUAUGCAGACAGAGGAACAGAGUUUAGAUAGCAUGCAGAGAGACAGAUGAAUAAUGCAUCCUGCCGGGUUACGAGCUCUGCAUUAGUUAGUUUUGCUGGAACCUGUAGCUGCCGACUGUCUGCCUGAUUGCCUGACUUCCCCGGUCUCUGUCUACCUUUCUGCUUCUCUGCCAUUCUACCUGACUGGCGGACUGUCUGACCUACUCAGAAAAUGUCUCACUACCAUUUCAUCAAAUGCUGUUGUUUCCAGCUAUGUAACGUCUUUCGUCAGAACAUGGAGAUAGACCAGUGUCUGCUGGAGUCUCUCCCCAUUGGCCAGCGCCAGCGGUUGGUCAGGAGGAUGCGCUGCGACCAAAUAAGGGCGUACUAUGAGAGGGAAAAGAGCCUUCAGCGCCAGCAAGGUGGAGUCAAGGUUCGGCCCCCAUUGACGCACCGCAAAAAGCAGCGCAUCCGCUUCAGCCAGACAGAUGUGAUACAGGACGCCAUCAUUCGGCAUGACGACAAAGAAGUGAUGCGUCUCCUGAAGGAGGGAGCAGACCCGAACACACCCACUGCUUCUGGGGGAUCCCUGCUACAUCUGUGUGCUCGCCAUGACAACGUGUUUGCUGCAGAACUUUUGAUCGAGCGAGGCCUGAAUGUCAACCUGCAGGAUGAAGACCUGUGGACAGCGCUGCAUGUGGCGUGUGUUUGUGACCAUGCUGAUGUGGUGCUACUGCUGCUACUGGCCGGGGUGAAUGUUCUGCUGCAGGAUGUCAAUGGAAACAUCCCUCUUGACUACGCCAUAGAGGGAACGGAGACCAGCUAUAUCCUCCGAAAACACCUGGAAGAAAACGGUGUAGACAUGUCAUCCAUGCACACCAUGAAGAUGCAAAGACCCAACACGAUGCUGUCUGAUGUCAGGCAGCUUUUAACCACAGGGGGAAGCCUCAGCCAGCCCAAUGAUGACGGGGUCACUCUGCUCCACAUAGCCUGUGCCAGCGGUUACAGAGAAGUGGUGUCUAUGUUGCUGGAGAGUGGGGCUGAACCUCAUCCAGCUGACAAUAACUUUUGGACUCCUCUUCACCUGGCAGCUAAAUAUGGACAGACAAGCAUCGUUAGCCAGCUCCUGCGGCACGGAGCCAACCCGAUUCUGUUGAACUGCAACCAAGACAAGCCCUCAGACAUUGCGGCGUCUGAGCCUAUUGCUGAUUUGCUGCUGAAUGCAGAGGAGAGCUGGCUGCAGAGAUUGAAGGACCCCUCCACUCCUCUACCUUCCACUGACCAACGCUACGACGGCGGUUCACAUGACCUCAACACACCUGUUAAAAACUUGAACCCCCUGGGUCUCUCUAUCUCGAAGCGGGACAGUCUGCUGGAAAAGUGUGCCAUGUUCAGAGAGGCAGGAGGAGCACUGAGCCAACAGCCCUCACAGGACAACGGCCUUGAUGGCCCCUUUAGCUCAGGAGCCAGCAAACUAGAGCAGGUCAAACUGAUGCCUCCGGCUCCAAAUGACGACCUGGCGUCCCUCAGCGAGCUGACCGACAGCAGCCUGCUCUACGAGAUGCAGAAACGCUUUGGCAAUGAUCAAAUCUAUACCUACAUUGGACACAUCCUUUUGCUGGUUAAUCCAAACAAAGAGCUGCCUAUCUACUCCACUUUGGUGAGUCAGUUAUACCUGAGCUCCACGGGUCGUCUGUGCUCCUCUUUGCCGCCACACAUCUUCUCCUCAGCAGAGCGAGCGUACCACAUGAUGCUGCAGGAAAGGCGCCCACAGUGUUUCAUCCUCAGUGGAGAAAGUGGUUCUGGAAAAUCAGAGGCAUGUAAACACAUAGUGAGACACCUUACAGCCCGCUCCAGCCCCAAAGGCCUUGCAUUGGAGUCCAGAAUGAAACAUGUUAACUAUAUCCUGGAGGCCUUCGGUCAUGCUAAGACUCAGAGAAACAACAACUCAAGCCGCUUCAUCAAGCUACUGACCAUCCAGUACUGUGACAAGAGGAGGACAUUGCUCAGAGCUCGUCUGUACACGUACAUGCUAGAAAAGUCCCGUCUGGUGCACCUGUGUCCUCACCAACACAGCUUCAGCAUCUUCUAUCUGAUGGCUGAGGGCAUGUCGCCCGAGGAGCACAGCGGACUUUACCUCAACAAUGUCCUGGCUCAUAGGUAUCUGAGUGGAGCCCUUGCUGGAGAGAAACCUCCAGUUGCCACAGCCUCUACCCAAAGCAGGGAACGCAUGGCAGCAGUGAAGCAAGCUCUCCGAGCCGUAGGCUUCAACAAGCAGGAGGUUGACUCUGUGUUUAUGCUGCUAUCUGCCGUGCUCCAUAUUGGGGACCUACGUUUUACUGCGUUGACAGAUGCCGACACAGCCUUCCCUUCUGACCUGCAGCUGCUGGAGAGAGUGGCUGGAAUGUUACAGGUGUGCUCCAAUGACCUAAGCACGGCCCUGACCUCAGAUGUUCAGUACUUUAAAGGUGAUGUGAUCACUCGGCGCCACACAGUGGAGAUGUCAGAGCAGUACAGAGAUCAGCUCGCCAAGACCAUCUAUGGACGCCUCUUCAGCUAUUUAGUCAACAGCAUUAACGACUACCUACAGGGACCAGACGACAGCAUCGGGGAUCCUGCCUUGGAAAUUGGGAUCUUGGACAUCUUUGGGUUUGAAGAAUUUCAGAGGAAUGGCUUUGAGCAGCUGUGUGUGAACAUGACCAAUGAGCGGCUGAGGCAGUACGUCUCUGAGGUGCUAUUCCAGCAGGAGCAAGCUGAGUGUCUGCAGGAAGGGAUCGCCAUGGAGACCCCACGCUCCCAAGGCAACCAGUCAGCCGUUCUUAACUUCUUUCUUCAGAAGCCUCAGGGACUGCUGUGUGUGUUAGACGAGGAGAGCCACAGUCUAAGGCCAGCAGAGCAGACCCUCUACAAGAGGCUGUCAACCCAGCUGGACUCCAGUCCCACUCAUGGCCUCUCUUUCACAACUAAAGAUGGAAAUGGGAACCCUCCACCUAAAGACCAGGGUCCAGCCUUUACUGUCAGCCACUAUGCUGGACAGAUUUCAUACGACCUCACCAGCUCCCUCACCAGAAACAAGGACUCCCUUCCUCAGAAUCUCUUGUUUACGAUGAAGUCCAGCGAGAGCGUGUUACUGCAGCAGCUCUUCCAGUCCAAGCUGACUCAGACUGGUUCUCUGGUGCCGGCAGCCCAGAGCCGUGCAGGGCUAAGAGGGCCUAAAGCUGCCUUGUUGCUCCACAGGAUGCCAUCAGCCUCACUUGUCACUGCCAACACUGUCCCCCAACAGCCCAGGAGGUAUCAUGACCUUAGCAAGAUCUUGAAGAAGAAAGGGUCAAGCUCCUUACUGCAGAGGUUAGAGCGCUGUGGACCUGUCACAGUGGCUGUCCAGCUUAGAAACUCACUCUCAGAGCUGAUCAGUAAGCUGCAGUCCUGCACGCCUCACUUUGUGGAGUGCGUGCGCCCCAAUGCCAGCGGUCAACCAGACAGUUUUGACAGCUUCCAUGUGUCAACCCAGCUGCAGUACAUCGGGGUGCUGGAGAUGGUGCGCAUGAUCCGUUAUGGAUACCCCGUCCGCCUGUCCUUCUCAGGCUUUCUCAGCAGAUACAAAGACCUCGUGAUCCCAACUCUGGGAGACAAGAAAAAACUGUCAACAGAAGAGAGAUGUCGCUCAGUCCUGCAACAGUCCAAACUCCAGGGAUGGCAGAUGGGCACCAGUAAAGUGUUUCUGAGAUACUGGCAGGCAGAUCAGCUCAACGACCGCUGCUACCAGCUUCAUAGAAAGAUCAUCACCUGCCAGAAAGUGGUGCGUGGUUGGCUGGCCAGACAGCGUGUACAUCGCAGGUUGUCGCUGCAGCAUAAAGAAGAGUGCAGUGUGCAGCGUUUCCUGCAGGGGGCAGAAGACAUGGGGCUUCGAACCUAUGACCAGCUGGUCAUCCAAAACGCAUCUGACAUCGCAAGAGAGAGUGAUCGCCUGCGCUGCCAUGGAAGCAGUUUCCUUAAUACCCUUUGUAACAGUCCACCGCUUGGGGAGAGGCCUGAACCAGUGGGCAAAGAGGAGGAUCAGCCUGUCAGGAGGGGUCCGGAGAAAAGUGGGAAAACCCACGAUGGUCCUGUCAACGGUGGAGGCAGACUUAUUCGUCACUUUCGCUCUAGCUCAGUACCCACUCCCCUGGCCAUGGAGAACAUGGUCCUAUCCUCUGCCAAUCAAACCAUUAAACCAGCCCUGCAGCAGGUCACACAUACUAAUGAUGACGGGACAGGAGGAGGAAGCCUUUCCUCCCCCCGGAAGCAGCCUCCCCCAAAACCAAAGAGGGACCCCAACACUCGUCUGAGUGCAUCCUAUGAAGCAGUUAGUGCAGGGUUGGUGAUGGCAGCCAAAGAGUGCCCCACUCCAGAGGGAUAUGGUUCACCAGCUGGAAGCCCUCCUAAAUCCCAGCUGUCUCCCACAGACCCAGCAGCCUUGUGUAAGCCCCGCCCGCACAGCGAUGACUACACAACCAUGAGGAAGGUGCCACCCCCUAAACCUAAACGCAGUCCCAACACUAAGCUGACCGGCUCGUAUGAGGAGAUCAAUGCUGUAGCACCACAACUCCACCAGCUGCGUCCUGCUGAUGUGAAGCUGGCCUUGCUGUCCCGUGCUGGAGGGUUUGGAGGGUUUGGCGGUUUGAUGCAGAGAGCGGCCUCUAUUGAUGCUCCGCAAGGGGUAGGACUGAGCCUGUUCCAGGGCCAAGAUGAGGAGGAUGUGUACAUAGAGAUGUUGGGCUCCCAGCAGCGAGCUCGGAGCCUCCAGGAGCCCCCUGACAGUCCUGAGCUCACAGACUCAGAGGCUGUCUAUGAGGAGAUGAAGUAUUUCCCUAAUGAAGAUGGUGGAGCUCAGACUGCUGUAGUGACCAGAGCAGCCAAACUGGAGGCUUUAGGUUUGGGUCUGGUGGGUUUAGGGACCUCUCCUCCUCAGAGCGGGGAAACCAAACGGGUGUCAGCAGGAGUGACUGCUGCCACUGAAACUACACAUACACAGAGCACUUUUAACAGCGCAGCUCCUAAAACCCCACAUGGCAAAGAUGGCGGCUGUGAGAUCCCCGCUCCCUUCCCCAACCUGCUUCCCCACCGUCCCCCUCUCCUGGUGUUCCCCCCCUCCCCUGUCACCUGCUCCCCUGCCUCAGACGAGUCCCCUCUCACCCCAUUAGAGGUGAAGAAGCUACCUGUGUUUGAAACGAAUCUCAACUAUGCCACUGGCCCUGACAGCCCUCUUUCCCCGCAGUAUGCCCGCCAAAGGGCUGACUCUUCCCCUAGCCUCACUGUCCUCAUGCCAGAGAAAAAAUCCACACCUCCACUCACCCCUCCACCACCUCCCCCUCCCCCCAAUAACCCUCCUCCUCCCUACAGACCCCCUUCACACUUCCCCUUCCCGCCUGAGGCCAGCUUCCUGGCUCUGACUCGAGCAGCAUCUGUCACAGGAAGCUCCGACACCCCUAAAACCUCCUCCUCUCAAAGGGCAGGUGGGGAGCCACUGGGGAAGCCUCCUCCUUACUCCCCGGUGAAGAUGUCUCGUCCUGAGCCUCGGAGGGCUCACUCGUGCUCCUCCUCUCCCCUGUUGUUCAACCCCGCUAAUGGCAGACCCCUAACCAGUCCUCUGGAUGAGCUCAACACCCUGUUUAGCUCUGGACGGAGCCUGCUGAGGAAGUCCACAUCAGGGCGAAAGAUGAGGGAUGGAGGAUUCAAUUCCAACAUAAACCUGCCAGGAAGAGAGGACUCAGGCUCUGCCCCCACGUCACCAUCUCUACAGCUACAGGACAAGAACGCCAACAACCACACUCCUCAUUCCUCAAGCCCAGCCCCAGUAGAGAAUGGCAACCAGAUUUCAAAUGGGUCGCUGGAGGAUGAAAGUCACAGCAAGACAAACACAACCAGCUCCACCUCUCUGCACAGACACAUGGACAGCCAUCACACUCAGGGGUUCCAGCGGUUACGUCUGACAAAUGGGGAUGAGAGCACUGCACUCGGGGAGCUCCUCCGAUGGCGCAGAGCGCAAUGUGAGGGGCGGGGUGACUGGAAGCAUCGCCCACCUCAGUCCCCACCCCUUCCCCCCACACUGCUCUGGACCAACAGGAAAGCCUCUCCGUGACAGAUGUUGCAGGAAGUUCCUCCCCCUUCUUCCUUCAGCCACAUUUUCCCCCUUUUAUAUAUUUAAAUACUUGGACUUGGUAGCUUCAACGCCCAUGAGCGGGGUUAAAGCUCCCUUGAGCCUCGUCCCGGGGCUGAAGGUCCAGUCUCUGCGCCUUUCACCUCAUCUGUAGAGGAUUUCCAAACCUAUGUGAUAAAACUCAGCACUUGGUAACAAUGUCUGGUGAAGACUUAGUGAGUGCAGGCACAGUGGAAGCAGAAAAAGGAAGUUAAUGUAUUGUUUUUUUGGUUGUUUUGACAGCAGAUUAGCAUCAGAAAAGAAACGGCCCUUUUUAGCACUCCACUCCAAACGGUGCUGAUUAUACUUGACUUUCUGUCCUGUGAUGUCCCCCUCGAGUCUCAGACCUUUCUGAAGUUUACAACCCAGCCAACGCCUUCAGACACUUUCAGUGUUUAGCAUCAGUGUUCUGGCUUAGACGCGGGGCCUUUUCAGGAAACAGCUCUCAUUUAGCCUCUUUCUCCUGGGCUCUAAGUGCUACUGCAGCCCUGGCAACAAGCGGCCGGGGGUCAGGGUAACCUCAGUAUAAUAUCCCAAGGUGCACUUCUCCUCCCUGUUGUUACCACCAGCCUUUGAGGUUCCAAAACCUUUGGCCAAACUUCUGCACUAACCUUUACAAGGAAAGGAGAUCCAACAGAAAUCUGCUCCGGUUUAAGGAAUAAAAGCUAAAAUAACAAAGCUCUAGCUGACAGGUAUACAGUUCAUGUUGUGUACAUGAAACUCUGUGCCAAAGUGAAACUACUUGUGAAAGACAUGUCUGAACAUGUACAGUUAUAAAAAAAACAAUGUAUACAAUAGUGACUCAUAUGUACAGACUGACAUAAAGACCAAAUCAAAGCUGUUACUGUGGAUUAGUGGUGAUUAAAUGAACUGUUUCUCUGUAGAUUAAAAGAAUAGGACAAAAAGAGGGAAAAACCAACAGUAGCAACAGAACUCUCAUUGUGUCCCAUCAGCACCUUAACAGUGUCAAGUGUUGGGUGUUCAGGAGACUGUGCCGAGCUCAGGAACUCACCUACAGGCAAGCUCGGUUUAUUGUACAGAUCGCUCCGCUGUGGGUUCAUUACCUUCAGCGUCCUCCCUUCAUCUCCCCACCCCCUGAAACGCACCCCUCUGCCCCUCUUGGUCUUUGACCACAACCCCCUCCUCCUUCCUAAUGGAUCAAACCGGCUCUACGGGUGUCUCCAUGAUAACCACUCUGUAAAUAGUGACCAGUGUUGUAUGUUCUAGCUUUUACUACAGCAGAAAAGCACAGAGCUGAAAGAGAAGGAAAGGGUUGAGAAAUCACUGUCUGUGAUGGUGAAACUGAGAUUUAAGAAUGUCUCGGGUUAGAUGCAAUGAUCGAGGUAAAGAGAAGAAGUUUAUUUUAAAAUGUGAAUACAUUUUUUCCAGAAUGAUUGUCUAUUGCUAUGAAAUUCUUUAUACUCUAUUUAAUAUUAUUAUUAUUUCCCCUCACUUGACCCUAUUCAUACGAUGCAAGGCAGAUGUUUUCAUUGUAUAUGGAUGUUUUAUUGCACAAUAUUCAUGUGUUGUUGUCGUGUUGACUUCUGUAAUGGGCUGGGUGUGUCUCAACAAGCUGUUUGAUCUCUAAAGAUCGCUCUGAAUUGUUAGAGCCUCAAAGUAUUGAUAGUUCUAAUUGAUUUCUCAUUCCCACUGAUCACCCUCAAUGUGUCUGAUUGAUUCAGCCGUUCGAAUCAGCAGCACCAUCACUCCAUCGAUCCCGGCUGUCGGUGCGGAUGCGUGGAGGUGCACAAAUAUUCAAGAGGAAUUAGAGGAAGACGCUAAUGUUCACAACAGAGACGGCCAAUCCGGGAGCUGCUUUUUUGACUGACUGGCUGAAUGUAUAAAUGCAUCAUUUUCUUUCUUGAACUGCCUGUGCACAUCGAUGAAUCUCUGUGUAUUACUGGAAUGUGCGCCUGUAUUAAAACAGUGUACCUGACUGCUAAAUGUAAUUAUUGUCUUCAGAAUUUAUGUAUGCAGUCCAUCUUUUAAAGCAACGUUAACAGCAAUGCAGCAUCUUUGAUGAGGCAUUUGAUUGAGGCUGCAUGAGUUGUACUGUCACACAGUUUUAGGAACAUAUUAUUCAGCUCAUUUAUGUGAGGAUUUAACCGAUCUGUGAUCAAAUAAUAUAGAAAGGAGCCACGAUCACACUAGGUAAUCUUGCCAAUGCCAUAAAAGAGAAUUUCUGUAUUUUUACUGGUCCAAAAUCGUGCAUUUUUAUUUUAUCAAGCAUGUCUGCAUUUAGGGACUCUGCCUAGUAACAUGCUUCUGCUAAAAAGGUAAAAAAAAAAAGAUGUCUAAUGUGAAAAACUGCUUCCCUCUGCACUGUGAAUCACUGCACUGUCCCAUCAUCCAUUUACUUUAACUGGACCAGCCACAUAUCACACACAUCCUGAUGACCUAACUUCCUCCAUCGUAAGCAUUACCAAACUGUCAACCAGAAUCCUCUCAGUCUCAUCUUCAUCUGCAGGAAGCCUCUUCUCUGAGAUCAGCUCUCUGGUGCUACCAUCAGAGCAGAAAGGCUCUUUUACCGUCCCCAGUCCAUGUAUAGUCGUCCUGAGAGACACAAUAUCUAAGCACCUAAAUGCAGGUGUCUCACUGCCUUUCAUAGUGUUUUUUUUAUUAUUAUUAUUAUUAUUAUUGCGGUAUUUUUUUUUGUACAUGACAUACAGAAUACUUUAUCCUGCAUACAAAUGUGUUUGUGGAAAGAAAAAGAUUGUAUGUGAUAUUUCAUAAUUAUUAUGUCCCCAA